GCCGGGCUGGCGCGGCGCAGGCAGGAAGGGACGAGGAGCUGAGAAGAGUCCGACGCCGGGUGCUCCGGGCUUUCUGCGAGCUAUGAAACCUACGUAGUGGGACAUCAUGCUGCUUCUCCUGUAGGGCGUGUGAUGAGGAGCGGAGUUUGGCUUUGGAGUGCUCGGAACCAGAGGAAUUGCCGAGGACUCGGAGCCCAGCCCUGACCACUAGAGAGCCCACAACACAAUGAACAAAUUGAAUUUCCAUAACAACAGAGUCAUGCAAGACCGCCGGAGUGUGUGUAUUUUCCUUCCCAAUGAUGAAUCUCUGAACAUCAUCAUAAAUGUUAAAAUUCUGUGUCACCAGUUGCUGGUCCAGGUGUGUGACCUACUCAGGCUAAAAGACUGUCACCUCUUUGGACUCAGUGUGAUACAAAAUAAUGAACAUGUCUAUAUGGAAUUGUCACAAAAGCUGUAUAAAUAUUGUCCAAAAGAAUGGAAGAAAGAGGCCAGCAAGGUACGACAAUACGAAGUCACUUGGGGUAUUGACCAAUUUGGUCCUCCUAUGAUCAUUCACUUCCGCGUGCAGUACUAUGUGGAAAAUGGCAGAUUGAUCAGUGACAGAGCAGCAAGAUACUAUUAUUACUGGCACCUGAGAAAACAAGUUCUUCAUUCUCAGUGUGUGCUCCGAGAAGAGGCCUAUUUCCUGCUGGCAGCCUUUGCCCUGCAGGCUGAUCUUGGGAACUUCAAAAGGAAUAAGCACUAUGGAAAAUACUUUGAGCCAGAGGCUUACUUCCCAUCUUGGGUUGUUUCCAAGAGAGGGAAGGAUUACAUCCUGAAGCACAUUCCAAAUAUGCACAAAGAUCAGUUCGCACUGACAGCUUCCGAGGCUCAUCUCAAAUACAUCAAAGAGGCCGUCCGACUGGAUGACGUUGCUGUUCAUUACUACAGACUGUAUAAGGAUAAAAGGGAAGUUGAAGCUUCUCUGAUGCUUGGACUGACCAUGCGGGGAAUACAGAUUUUUCAGAAUUUAGAUGAAGAGAAACAAUUACUUUAUGAUUUCCCCUGGACAAAUGUUGGAAAGUUGGUGUUUGUGGGUAAGAAAUUUGAGAUUUUGCCAGAUGGCUUGCCCUCAGCCAGGAAGCUCAUCUACUACACAGGGUGUCCCAUGCGCUCCCGACACCUCCUGCAGCUUCUGAGUAAUAGCCACCGCCUUUACAUGAAUCUACAGCCUGUCUUGCGCCACAUCCGGAAGCUGGAGGAGAAUGAAGAGAAGAAGCAGUACCGGGAGUCCUACAUCAGCGACAGCCUGGACCUGGACGUGGACCAGCUGGAGAAGCGGUCCCGGGCCAGCGGCAGCAGCGCGGGCAGCGCGAAGCACAAGCGCCUGUCCCGCCACUCCACCGCCAGCCACGGCAGCUCGCACACGUCGGGCAUCGAGGCAGACACCAAGGCGCGGGACGCGGGGCCGGAGGACAGCUACUCCGGCAGCGCCAUCCACCGCAAGCUGAAGACCUGCAGCUCCAUGACCAGCCACGGCAGCUCCCACACCUCCGGCGUGGAGAGCAGCGGCAAGGACCGUCUGGAAGAGGACUCGCAGGACGACGAAAUAGAAAUGUUGGUUGAUGACCCCAGGGACCUGGAACAGAUGAAUGAAGAGUCUCUGGAAGUCAGCCCAGACAUGUGCAUCUAUAUCACCGAGGAUAUGCUCAUGUCACGGAAGCUGAACGGACACUCUGGGUUGAUUGUGAAAGAAAUUGGUUCCUCCACCUCAAGCUCCUCAGAAACAGUUGUCAAGCUUCGUGGCCAGAGCACGGAUUCGCUUCCACAGACCAUAUGUCGAAAACCAAAGACCUCCACUGACCGACACAGCUUGAGCCUUGAUGACAUCAGACUUUACCAGAAAGACUUCCUGCGCAUUGCAGGUCUCUGUCAAGACACUGCUCAGAGCUACACUUUCGGGUGUGGCCACGAACUGGAUGAGGAAGGCCUCUACUGCAACAGCUGCUUGGCUCAGCAGUGUGUCAACAUCCAAGACGCUUUCCCAGUCAAGAGAACCAGCAAGUACUUUUCUCUGGAUCUCACUCAUGACGAAGUGCCAGAGUUUGUUGUAUAAAGUACAUCUGCGCUUAGCUAGCCACACGGGCAGCCUGCUGGAGACUGGCGGCUGGAGAAGCCACAGGUUUUCGUUCAUUACCGUGCCAUAUCUUCUUCACCCCACAAGCUCUUUCUUUAUGAUAUUUGCAAUGGAAACAAAAGCCUUGGGACAGUUGCACUUUAAGUAUCCCGCAGAGAGAAAAGAACUACAGAGAACGGACAGCAAGACAAGCGCCCAGAUGUGCGUGAUCCCUUGGAAGGAAAUGUGCUUUACUGGUUACCAGGCCUUCAGCAUAUUGAACUGUGGUGUGUUUGUCCCUCGUUUUGUUUUUCAGUUUGAUUAUACGACAUCACAUUUUUUUUUUUUAUCAUGUGAAAGAUGUUGUUAGGUUGAUUCGUCUACUUGUAAAUUUUUUUUUUUUUUUUUUGGUCACUCCCUCAUGCACAUGGUUUGAGGGAGGAGAGAAAGAAGAGUCCCUCCUUUUAACGGAGAGGCCGUUGCCUAGUAUGUAGCCACGGCCGCCUCGCUGGGGCUGUCCCAAAGUGAACACCGAGGAAGCGGUCAAAACCUUGCAGUUCUAGCAAGCCAAAGAUUUAGCAGAAACGCAGCGCAGGGCCAAGAAGACACGAACGAAGCAAUAACCAGAAGGCUGUGUGUGCUGUGAUGCCUUGUGACUCCUUCACACCUGGUCGGGGCCCUCUCCUCCUCCUGUUCCUCCCGAAAGUUCUAGGACCCCGCUCACUUUCUCAUCCAGGUAUCCCAUCGGUUGUGUUCAUCGUGUCAUCAUGCAUUUUGCAGGGUUUACAAAACCAGUUUUGUUAAAACUAUGGAAAUGUCUUAGAAAAUCUUUGCGUGUGGUGGUGGUGUUUUUUUUCUUAAAUCAAGAACAAAUUAUGGUAAUGCUUGUUUCUGCUUAACCAAAAUACCUUCACUAUACAUAUAUGUUAUACAUAUAUAAAUACCUGAGACUGUGUGUGUUUAUAUGUGUUUACAGCUUACUGAUUCUUCGUUUUGGCUUCCAUGAUUGUUGUGCGUAUCGUCUUUCUUGUUUAAUAUGGAGGACGUGUCACUGAACGAAUGAUACCUACAGACAAUCAGUUAAUAUAUGCAGAGUGAAGAAUGACUGUCUUCUCGUGUGUCUUUUGCCGUGUUUCUCAACCCUGCACAAUCGAAUUAUUUGGGGAGUUUUAAAAGCAAUAACAGCGUCUGGAUCCUACUUCAGACCAGUAAAAUCAGUCUGCCGCAGUGCGGUCCAGGUGGAAUUGCCUUUUCCUUUAAAGCUCUCCAGAUGGAGCUAAUAUGCUCCAGGGUUGAAAACCACUGCUCCAGAGGGUGUCUUUUUGUUAAUUUUGAAGUUAAGGUAUACGGAAUAUGUCAGCGUUUGAGAAAGGACCAUUUUUAAGACAGUUAACUGCCACCGCUGUUAGGAUGUAUAAUGAAACCAAGUCAGGAGAGUGAACUUAUUAACCUUUAGAUGGACAGUAACAAUGUUGUCCGCACUUCAGCGAGAACUUUAGCACAAUGUCUUUCUACGAGAUGUUUGUAAUGAUUUCAUAUUUUACAACAUUUGUUUACCUUAUUUUGAUAUACCAUUUUUUCUAUCUGCCAGGUUUUCUUAAAAAAAAAAAAAGCUAUAUAUUAUUUUCUAAAGAAACAGUCAUAUUUUUAUACAAAAUUAAGUUUUCAGGUAACAAAGAAAUAGAUUUAGGGUACAGCAGAACGUGCAGUGUGCCCUGGGGGUGGGGGUGGGGGUCAGUAUUCUGAG